AUAAUUCAUGCAAAAGACACGAUUCGUAAUGUUACGAAACUGCGCUAACGCUUUAUUCAUAAUUCUUUCUGAAGCAUUAAUAAUACUGUUUUCAAUGCGAUUACGUAAUUUUGAAAUCUAGCUUACAAAUUUACCUGCUUUAGAUUUAGAAACACAUAAGUGAAAAUGAGACAUUUAAGCAUCUGUGUGAAAACAAACCUGGAAUGCGAGGUAGACAAAGCAAUACAUAUAGAUACAUAUAAGUUACAAAAGUUGCUUUGUAACAUUAAAACAGCACGCAUAGCUUACGUUAUCCUCCAGAAUACGAGUGCUUGUCUAAUAAGCAAGUUUUCAACCUUGUUUUAAAUGAUACGUUUCUGUUUCUUGAGAAGACUUUAUAUAUAGUGAAAACUGAUUUACAAAUGUAUAUUUUCGUUGUGUUAAAAUGAAAUAUCACAUGCGACAUACAGUAGUUUCGACAUAUCUCAAACGCUUGCACAUUUCCCAUCAGUACAGUUCAAGCGCUGCCCUGAAAUGACAUCACAGAAACAUGACAGAAAAAAAGACCUCGCCCUUUUUAUUUCGUCCUCUUUCGUAUAAUCAGCAUUUCGUAUAGUCAAAAUCCACAUAGAAGAUGUGAACAACACUACUUUCCGUUGUUUAAACCAAACAACAACUAAUAACUUAAUUAGAAGAAACGUAAAGAUCACAUGAUGUUCCUGAACUGUUAGCCCACAGUGCUAUCGUUGCCAAACGACAACUCCAGUUCCAGCCGCCUGGUUACAAGAUCACACCGCUUCUCAUAAUGAGUAACAUCACCUCCUGCAUGGAACCUCACUCCUUUAUUUCUUCCAUUUUAAAGCCCAUUUUCAUAUUGGAGUUAAUUUUGGGGUUGCCUGGAAAUGUGUUUGCUCUGUGGAUUUUAUUUUUCAAGUCUCCAUGGAAAGCCUGCAAUGUGUAUUUCUUCAGCCUGGUAAUAGCUGACCUCCUACUCCUCACUGGGAUGCCUUUCCGCAUCGAUUAUUUUUUUCGUGGUGAAGACUGGAUAUUUGGCGAAUCCAUUUGCCGCCUUGUUUUAUAUGUCAUAUCAGUAAACUCCUCAGCAAGCGUGGCUUUCAUGACAAUUUUAGCUGUGGACCGCUUCUUCAGGAUCCUUUACCCACACCACCGUAUUUGUCGAAUGAAUGUGAAACAAGGAUUAAUGUUGUCUAGCAUGACUUGGGUGAUUGUUCUUCUCCUUCGUCUUCCAUCUGCCCUCAGCCCGGUCCUUACAUCACACAAAAACUCUUCAAAGCUCACAUGCCACAGUUUCCUCUCAUGGACCUCACCAUCAGUUCAGAUGAGAAUAUAUAAUUCAGUACAGCUAAUAGAAGUCCUGGUGGCUUUCACCUUGGUGGUUUUUUGCUUGGUGCGUGUUUUCUCUAACACCAACAUUCGGCAGUCUAAGGGACCGCACCGCAGGGUGAAGAGGGCUGUGAGAUUGCUUUUCAUUUUUGUGAUCAUCUUUGUUCUCUGUUUUCUACCUACGGUCAUCUUUGGCAACUUCCUUCAAGUGUUUCCUUGCUCUGAAUCCCUCAUUGUGUGUCUCCAUGCCUCUUUAGCUUUAUCCUACAUGAACAGUGCACUGGAUCCAGUCAUCUACUGCCACAUUAACGCUUGGUUUCGUGACACCCUGAAAGGCAAAUCCAACUCAUUGGGAAUGACGAAGUUUAAGAUGAGUGCGAAGACAAACAAAAAACCUUGAUCUCUUUGAGGAACUGAGGAAAUUUAAGCAUGUUUAACUUAAGCACACAUGAUACUUUUCUUUUUAUGUGUAAUAUACAUGCGUACAGCAUGUCACAGGAUUAUUCAUGAAAUGUUGUUUAUAUAACUCCACGUGUGGAUUAAAUUAAUUAAUUUAUUUGAGACAUUUCUUUAUCUAAAGUAGAACUGAAAACUCAUCCAUCUUUCUAAAGCUUCCCAUAAUUUUGACAUUUUGUUUGUCUAUAUAAUAAAAGUCAGCUUAUUUUGUCAGCAAAUAGGUGUUGACACCAGAGAUUUUAAAGUGAGCGGAUCUAAAGACUAUAGAACACACAAGACAUGUCACUUGUUUAGCCAAUCAUCGAUUGCUAUAGACUGACGACUCUCCGGGGAGACGCUUGGAUCAGACAUGUGCUUUCACUGGAAUCUCAACGAAUACUUGCUUCAUUCAUUCAUUUUCUUUUUGGCUUAGUUGCUUUCGAAUACUUGCUUCACAGAUAAAAUAAAGAUCCAAAUAAAGCUUAAAAUUUGUACUUUAAAUGAACCAAGUGCACCUAAAAACAAAAAAAGUUUUUUUGGUUUUGUAAUCUGCAUUAAACGAACAUGAGGUACAGUCAGUUCUGUCAAAUGCACAUCACAUGACUGCAACUACUCAAACGCCCACAAACUUGUUAACAGAGUCGCUGUAAUUUCUAGAGGAGAUUCGCCAUCAAGACCAAGUUGUGGAUUACUUCAGAAGAGCAGCGCGAUCAGAUGAUCAUUACCCAGAGGAUGAUAAUGUGUAGAAUAGAUAUAAAAGAGGUUGGUGUUGUGAUCUCGUUCCUUUUGAGUGUGAUUGCGCAUUAGCUCUGGCAACCUGAAAAUGUGCUUAUUCCAUAAGCUAGGCAAACAGUUUUGUUGAAUUUGAUGUUUCCCCAUUCACACAGAAUGUUCGAGAACACUGUCUGAGAGGCGUUUCAAAGAUGGCCGCUGAGUGAAAUGACUUUGCUUUAAAGGGACUUUGGUGGACUUUACUGGACUAAGUUGACUUCUGAAAUCUGAUAAACUCUGAUAGCCUUGUGUUGCAAAAUACAGUGAGCAUAUUUGAAGCAGAAACCAAAUAACAUCAAGUACAUGUAAACCAGGGUCAACCAACCUGCAUCAUCCUGCAGAUUUCAGUAGAAAGAAAACCGUAUUUAUCAUUUAAAGUGCAUUUAGAAACAGUACAGUUCCCCAUCCCAUUUCCUCACAGUGGUUUGGCCCUCUACGUGCUUUCCCAGCUCAUCACACAUACUCUACACACACACACACACACACACACACACACACACACACACACACACACACACACACACACACACACACACACACACACACACACACACACACACACACAGAAGUCAGAUGUGCGGAUGCGGCUGAGUUAAUGUAGACAAUCAGUAAGUAGGGGAUUUUAUUUACCUUAAACAAAGCGAUUCUCUUCAAUGUAGUUAAUACAGACUCAUUCAUAAAUUAUUUGCGGCAAAAAUGCUGAUUAUUGCUGUAAUUGUCCAGGAAUCUGCUGUAUUAGCGAUUAAAAUUACUUAUCUAGUUAAAGUUAGCUUGUUGCAAAGUGCACUGCAACUUAACAUGCCAAAGCCGUUUCCCAUGCAUUGUUUCAUUUGUGACGACUUGGCAUAAUGUUAACUUAACAUUAACGACCACAAAUAGCAUAUCAUUUACCUGUGUAUUUGCUAAAUGAGCACUGUGCUACGUCCAAACUAACCCCACUGUAUUUUUUGUAUAAUAAAUUUCUAUUCUGUUCUUAAGUGAAAUAAUUAAUUUGAAAUCAAAAUGUUACCCUUUUUAAUUCCUUGUUUUUAUUGUUGUGAUUAUUUUUAUGAUAGUUUUGUGUUCUUUAUGUAAAGCCCUUUAAAUUGCCAUUGUGUUUAAAAUGUGCUACAGCAUGAAUAAACUUGUCCUGCAGUGUCAU